AUGCCCCGCCCCUGCGCCCUCGCUUUCCUCGCCGCCCCAUAUCUGGCUGGAUUGUGGCGGCUCGUGGCGGACCGGCCUGGGAUCGCGCUGGAAAGCGCGCUGCGGCUGGGCGAGUUCGCGCUUCACUCGGCGACGGCUGCGCGGCAGGACGUCGGCCGCGUGGGGGUGGAGGACCUUGGCGUGAACGUCUCGGUGGUGGAGUGUUCGUGUACCCCUUGCCCGGCACCCUGGAGGUGCGAAGAAGACGCUGGGCCAGCCUGGGUGCAGGCGUGCGAGCCGGUGAUCGAGCACGUCUCGGAAUCGGAGUGCGAGGAGUUGCCGGUUUUCAACUUCGUGAAGACCAUCGUCGGGGCGACGACCAGCUUCAUCGGUGGACUCCUCGCGGGUGACGCCUGGGGACAUGAGCGCGUGCUGGUGUGGCCGCUCUCGACUUCGGUGUGGAUGAUCUACACCGCCCAGGGGCACUUCUACGUGGAAGACACCUCCCUGUAUGAGAAGGUGGUGGCCCUCAAGGGCUUCGGGGAUCGCCCGCCCAGGCUGGAGUCGGUCGACAUCGUGCAGUUCGACCGGCCAGUCCAGCGACAGGAGUGCCUCGACCUGCUGGCCGCGGCCCAGUUGCAUGCGGGCGCCCUUCGAGGCGCGCUCGGGCUGCCAGACUGGCCGGCACCGACGCAGUGGGUCUCCACCGACGGAACGCUGGAGCCGAUGCCCAGACGGCGGCGCCUCCCAAGGCGCGGAGCGCUGCCUGUGCCUGGGCCAUCCUUGCCGCUGACCGCGGCGGCGCGUGCCCGCUCCGGGCCCCGAGGCGAUCGACGAGGUGAUGUUUUCGCAGGUGCUCUCGAUAGGCUCGAGGGCGACGACCAGCCUCCCGCAGUGACCUGGCGGGUCUCCGAGCCCGGCCUGGCCUUCGGCAACAUCGGCAGCGAGGUGGAGCCGAGGCUGUUAGUCUUCGGCGGGCGGCUUUUCGGCGUGGCCAUCUCGGACACAGGGCUCGAGGCGCCGGUGAUGGCCGUGAGCCCGGAAGUCUCGGAGGAGGACUUCAAGACUCAGCGGCUGGUGCAGUUCUCGCCGCCAACGCCGCGCGGCGCGCCGGAGCCGCCCACCAUCGCGCUCGACGACGACCCUGUCGGCGCUUUCAGGCGGGAGGCAGGUGGCCGCGAGAUCGAAGACGCAGGAGAAGGCAGCCCCCUACUCGAGCGCGUGCUCGGGGAGCGGCCGCCCGGCGCAGCAGCACCGGCGGCCGCUGGCGAGGUCGCGGUGGACGUCCGCGUGCUGGAGGUCGACUGGGACUCGCAGGGGGAGCGGCACAAGGACUGGAAGGAGGUAUGUAGGGAGUCAAGCUCGCACUCCUUCCGCGACUGGCCGCUCGACGGCCCGAGCACCGCCCUCAGCGUGAUGAAGCACAUCGACCGCUUCGGGCCGAUGCCGACCAGUUGGCUGGAGGCAUGGGGGAGGAGAAAGCACGUCGCGCCCUCGGACCGCGCCUACCACGAGCUGCGAGUGUUGGCCGAGAGCUUCGAGCAGUUCGGCUGCUACGACCAGCUGAACAUGCCCUGCCUAGCAGGGAUCGAGGUGCUGAUGAGGCGUUUCCAGACACUCCUGGAGGCCCACUCGGUGCCGGGCGCCAAGCCGAACUACAGCAUGGCCGGCGUGUACUCAGGCACCGCGAUGCUGGAGGACGCGGUGGCUCCGGACCUGCGUGUCUACGGCGCGAGGAAGCUCAAGGAGAAGGCUCUGGAGGGCGGCGUGCAGCGCGGCGGCUUGUACGCGCCGCAGGCGGAGGGCUACGACGAGGAGGACCCAGGCGCGGCCGGCGCGGCGCCGGGCGCAGGUGGUAACAAAGGCGGCGGGGGCCGAGGGGCAGGAGGCAAGACCAAGAAAGGCAAGCCCGGGCUCCCAGCGCCCCCGCCAGCAUCAUGA